AUGCUGCUGAGGGUGCUCGUCACCAUUGCUGUGAUGCUACCAAUAAUAGUCUGCGACGGUGAAAUAGAUGCGGUUGACAGUGACAACGCACACGGUUACCUCGACGAUAAAUUCGUAGGACUCGUCGCGAAUGAGCAGCUCUUGUCAAAACUCCUACUCCCACUCCGCGUGCAGUUAGCAUCGGAGAAGGAUGUCGAAGAACUCGCUCAAAGCAUUUUGUUCAUGGAUAUGAAAAGAGGUCAGUGCCCACACCCUCGCUCCUGGCAGACGCUACGCGAGGUUUUUGGUCUUGAAUUUCUGGACGAACUGUACGGUCAGCAGCGGUUAGACGCACUGCAGGUGCUGUUGCCUCUUGGCAGCAGUGAGGGUGACACGAGUGUUGAACCUCUGGGACAGAUUGAGUUGAAGCUACAUUUGGGGGGUAAUUUUGUUCGAGUCUCUGUAAGAGAUUUCGUUCUGCGGUAUGAUUCCCACAACCGUCCGUAUAUUUUUGUGGAUAUUGUGGCACAAGCGCUGCGUCGGUUGCGUCUGGGGAAGAGGGAUAGAGUCUAUACGUACACAAAGGAAUUAGAGAUGAACCAUGCGAAGCUACGUAGUGUCCAUCACAAGGAGAUAGCUGAUGCGCAGCGGCAGUGGGAGCGGAAGCAACUGGAUGAAGUUCUUGAAAGGAAAAAACGAAUGGGUAUGUUGGCUCAACUCGAGGAUUUGCGAAGAAAUCGAACGGCACGGGAAGAACAUGGGCAUGUUGUUGGUGUUGUUGCCACUAAUGCUGGGUUAAAAGAGGAGCUUAGAGAAUCCACUACGGUGCGCUCCACGCGACUCUGUAAGAAUAUUCGUAGCGCUAUACAAACACUGCAAAACCAGCAUGUGUUGCGGACGGAGCGAAGGAUAGAAUACCUUAGAGCGGCUGAGAAACGAGAGUGCGUUGUCGUUCUCGAUUCUUUUCUUUACAACGCUAAGAACAAUGAGGAUAACAGGGUGUGCGACUCUCGGUGUGUUUCUUACUGCGAUGGUGUUUGGACGCUUGAGGAUUGGUCAGCACACACCGGAUCUCCUGUAUCUGUAGUACAGGUGCACGCCCUCUACCAUGGAAUCCUCGUGAACGAUACAGAUUUUGACGACACAGGUGCGGAUUACCUCGAUUACGUCCACCAGUUGGUCAAUGAUGAUGUCGAGCGUGGGGUAUUCUCGACGUGUGAGGAACUCUGUAGCCCAUCACCGGAUCUUCGCUCGGAAAUGAUAUUCUUUGCCGGUCUGUUGGACCUUCUUGAUGAUGCAUCAGCGGAAGCGAAGAAGAUAAGUGAUGGUUGGUGGUACCGUGCCCGGCGUGCCCACUUGCGUAUAUGGUCAGCUGCACACGCCGGCUCUAGGACUGCUAUAGCGGCGCUUGCCACAAUGAAGGAGCACGGCAUUUUGUCGCCGUCUCAGAGUCAAGUGACGUCGGUGCUGCUUUCUGAGACACUUUCUGAAAAGUACAUGUACUUUUGGAGGUUGGUUAGGAACGCAGGGUCGAAGGGUUCUGAUAGGACGACACCUUCAGUGGAAAAACUGCUGCGGUUUGAGCGCUUUUUUGCUUUGGAGCACAGUUGGAGUGCUGUCAACGAACCCUAUAUCACACGUGGACGUCUCAGUGCCCUCAGCACUGAGAUCGAGAGCGUGAAUGAGGGUGAUCAGGAAAGCAUGGGUCCGCAGGAUGAUGUUUCCCCCGGAGUGCUAAGAAGUUUUUUGAAGGCACAGUUAUACAUUGCAGGUAUCAAAGGACGUCCCCGCGAUUUACGCCGCGCUGAGUGUCUUCUCCUUGUUGUGCUUCGAAAAUUGCGCUACACAUGCGAUGUGGUGCACUCAGCUAUGGAUGAUGAAGCAGAAUUCUUCCAGGACGGUGAAGGGGAUGGGUGCGAAGAGCACCUCGAUGAGUUGCGCCUCCUGCGCCGCAACGGGGUGCCGAUGGGACCUUGCGUCUUGUACAAGGCAGAGAGGCAGGGCUCUCAGCCUUUUCGUUUUGUGGCGCGCUCAAAGAGAGCCUAUACCACUGUUCAGAAUGUGCUUGUUCUUCUAAGCUACGUUCAUUUGCUGAAUGGCCUAAACUACGGAGCUGCCGCCAGAUAUGCAUUCCUUGCACUGGAACUCGGUUCGGCUGCAUUCCAAGCUGCAUUGGCUGACCUUCCGGUGGAUGCAGAGCAGCUUUUCAGUGAGGCUAACCAUAAUGACGUUGUGGAUUUUGGCUCACUAAGUGGAAAAGACUGGAUGGUCGUAACCUUAUUCGCUAACGAAUUACAGCACAGCGAGCCCCACGAUCCGUUCUCAGAUCUUACCCGAUCUGGUUUUUUGUCUUCUGAGAGUCUCGUUCUCCUUGCCGAGGCGGCUUUUCGUAGCGGCACGGAAGUAGACGAUCAGUACAUGCGCAUUGCCGCGGAGGAGUUUUUUGGCGCCUACCCUUGUAAUGAGAAAGAUGCUAGGGCACCGUGCCGCGUACAGUGGGCCUUUUUCCUCCUCCGCGAGGCAGCGCGGCUCUGUAAGUACGAUACGGAUAUUGUAGCCAUCUUGGGUGGUAGCACUCCAUCACCGCACCGCGCAGACCCGCUUCUACUUAUGGUCUCAUUUCUUCGAAGCGGGCGCAUUACUGUAGAGGACAUACGUGAAGGAAGCCUUUUUGCCUCGCCACGGUACGCCCCUGGCAGUUCGCACAUAUUUCGCCCCAUUGAUAGUGACACAGGCGACACCUAUAGUGCCAGAUUGGUUCGACUGGCGCAGAGAAUUUCGUCCAUUGAGGUCCCUUGGAGGCGUGGCGUGGUGUACAAGAAGAACUGGCGCUUGCGCACCAGAGACGAAAGAUCUCUGCAGGAACUGGGACUACUUCGCGCAGCAAUGCAGCGAUACCUUGAGGAACAUGAGCUGAAUCCUCUUUUGGUUGUAAGUGAUGUUCACGAUUUUGUAAAUGAUGCGCGAUGGACGUUUUUGCAGCGCUUUCUUGGUGUAUUGUGGGACGGGAUUCUUUUCUUUUUCACACAAACGCGGACUGAAGUGCUGGAGGAACAGUUUGCGAAGGAGGUACUACCUGAAAAGUGGCGCGACAAUGUUCCUGCUGAUAUUUCGACGCGGCUGGCAGCCUCAGUAAUGCGUUCCCACCGGGUGCGGGAGUCAUCCAUUGCUCUUCAGCUUCUCUCUGCCGCGUUAAAGUCUGGUGAGCCCGAUGGUUUCACCUUCAUUUUUGUCGAGGAGAUGGAACGAGGCAAUGCGCAUCUGAAGAGUAUCACACACUACUUCGCAGAGCACGUAUGGGGACAAGGUCUGACAGAGGUGUGGAUGGAGGAACACAAGGGGGCUCAGUGGCAUCAUAUGAAGCCAAAGACCAAAGGGCGGGGACCUGUUUUCACUGUCAAUGCACACUUUCCCUUUAUCUACGCCAGGUCCGAAUCGAGGAUGGAGCUUUUCACCUACAUCGCCCUUAAACGUGUCAUGACACGACAGAAACAUGCUGCACACCCUGGCGCUGACACGGUGCAGAGUGUCUUAUCAUCAGCUGAGGAAAAUAAUAAUGAGAUCGUGCAUACUCUCUCCUUGUGUAGCGGGGUGCUGAUUAGUCUUGCUCUGCGCAAAGGCCGUCCAUUUCCGCCACGGAAACCGUAUGAGGGAAUGUACCUGCCGGUGGGGAGCACCUUGUGCCUCCGGCGUUUGCUGCAGCAUAUCCGUUCCACUGGUGUCUCGCCGUUUUGGGGUCUCAGUGUCCAAGCCGCUGAAUUGUCGCUUCUCAAUCUCCUUUCUGAUUUGGCGGAGACACAAGCACACUACUACGACUUGUCACUUGAUGGGAGUUAUAUCGCUGAUGCGGAUGCUUCUGAAGGCGACGAGGAGCAGAGGUAUCGCAAGAACUUGGUGGAGCCGUGGGUGAGGAUUGUCGACGCGGAGGGUGAGGAGUUAUUUCUGCCAGAGGUUGGUGAGGGUGCCUUCUACAACAGUCGGCUGCACUGUGUGUCUGGCAUGUACUAUGCGGCGCAGCUGCACAGUUUGUACUCCAGAGUACGAAAUUGGAUAACAAAGCUUACGGCUUUUGUUUGGUAG